AUGCUAUCUCCUAGUCUAGUCAAUAAACAACGCAAAGACUUUCAAGUUGAUAUCGCAGAGCUUACCCAGUACUCUAAUCUCCGGGCUCCUCUCAAGGCCAACUACCACGUGUCCCUUGUAAUGACACUCAAUCGCCGCAACAAGACCAGCAAUCCCGAGCCCGACAAUAAUCACUUGGAUUCCACUAGAACUGGGUACCGCAACUCCACUGGGGCUAACCCCAUGUGUGACAGUCAUCGUAUUGCGCUUUGUUGUAGUGGACCUUGGUGGUUUGGGCCUAGCGACUACAACAAGAACGAGAGAAUCUCUCUUUAUGGUGACUUGGUUGCCGAUCCCUACUACUGA